AUGCAUUAUAUCAGAUUUCUUCGAUCUCCCAAAGUGAUAAAAAAUCGACGGGGCACCUUGGUCCAACUACUCUUCACCAUCACAACUGAUCUCGGAGACUCAUUUCUGUUCCCGGAGAGGUUUUUAGACCUUCAAGUCGUUGCGGUUGCUGCAUCACCAGAAGGCAGCUCAACAUGGCUCCUGUCAGAUCCAGGACACCUUGACUGGGAGCCCGGUAUGCGUGUCGCCAAGCCAGCUUUGGAACUUCCUAUUGCUCUUGAACGAGCUAUUGAAUCAGGAAUGAGAGUCCAUAUCUGUGUGAGGGCAUCGGAUCCUCCUCACACUGCCGAAAGUGUCCCCCGCAUUCUGGCCUUGUCUGCCGAGAAGAUGCGGUACCGGAGAGAAGCCGCCGAGAAGGGUGCAGUCAUGCCAGCUUGGGUACCAUUGACACUUCAACCCUCAGAUACAGAUGUAUCCAUUCGAAGGCUCCUGUUGAAUGAGACAUCCGGCGGUCUGGGAACGAUUGAGAUUGAGGAGGAGAUCGGAGAGAGCAUCGCACGUCACAUAUGGGAUGGCGGCGUAGUAGCGACAUGUGCACUUGUGGGUAUCGAGACUGCUCCCGAGAGCGAGUCCAGCACCAACCCCUGCAUGAGGACCAUGAAAAACAUAUUCAGCCGCCAAAAGUCAAUCCGUGUGUUGGAAGUGGGUUGCGGUGUGGGCAUUUUGGGUAUCGGGCUCGGCGCUGUGUACCCUCGACUAGGUCCCUCUGACGGUGACUGCACCAUCUUGAUGACAGAUCUGCCAGAGGCCGAGGAACGAGCCAGAUCCAACAUGAAGAGGUUGGAGAACUCGCACCUACGAUUCCAGGAGACUCCGGUGCGAAUGAUCUACGAGAAUUUGGAUUGGGAGGAGGGCAGACAGGGUCGCUUUGGGCCUGAGGUCAAAUCUGGACCCUGGGAUCUCGUGAUGCUCAGCGACUGCACCUACAAUGUCGACAUGCUUCCAGCCCUGGUGGAAACACUUUCGGCCAUUCACACAGCAAACUUGACCUACUUUCCCGCAGGGGAGCCAUUUACUACAAAGGUCUUCCUGGCCACCAAGCCCCGCCACGACUCUGAGGAAGUCUUGUAUGAGUUAAUGGACAAGGACGGUUGGUACAGCGUCCAUAAGCAGGUGCUUCCAAAGCCUGUCCUUGGAGAAGCGCCUCAAUCUGUCGAGCUUCAUCUAUUUGAUAAGUCUGGACUCAGUGAGGGCCAGAGCUCGAAGAGAGUGGAGUCCAAGAAUAUGCUCAAGAAGGUCGAGACGGAGGACAUGGACGACAACGUUGACAAGGACACGGAGUAUUCAUUCUAG